AUGGAAUUAUUUAAUAUUGGAGUUCCUGAAAAUACUGGUCAUGCAAUAAGUGGGCAUAAAACUUCUGGAAGUUACUAUGCUUAUGCCAAACUUACAGAUAAACAUAAAAGAGAAGCAUUAGCAAAUGUUCUUAACAAACUAAUUACUGCAACACCAUCUAAUAAAAUGAUGCAAAAUUCAACUAAUUCUGAACCUGACGAUAAUGAAGACUCACCAAACACUAUAUCUAAAGAUGAUGAACAUUUAAGUAAUAUGGAUUUAAACAAUUCAACACAG